AGGCAUCCUGCUCAAAGCACAGCAGGAUUGCUGCGGUCAACAUAGUGCAUAGAUGAAGGAAUGUGUGGCGCGAUGUGCCGAUCUGCCUGAUGGUGUGAAGGCUGGGGGCCAAAGCAUGGGGAUCGUAUGCCUGCCGCAGCUGCGGCGGGCCGCUCGGAGGUGUGGGCUCUCUCGCUCGAGCUGCUGCAGGCCAGCCAAGUCCAGGGGCUGAGGAAGGAUGCCCGCCAGGGCAGCAAGGCAAUCACAGCCUUUGGGCACUCUCACCAAUGGAAGGACGCAAUGUUGACCUUGCAGGAGCUGGAGUCCUCGGACAUUGAGCCGAACGUUGUCCUCUUCGGAAGCCUGACCAACGCGCUGAAGGGGGGCUCCGGCUGGCAGCUGGCCUUUGAGGUGUUGGAGCGUUCUGCCCACGAAGGCCUGCAAAGCCUUUUUGCGCACAAUGCCGCAAUGAGCGCCUGCCGCGCCACCUGGGUGGCUGGCCUCGCACUGCUUGCGAGCAUGACCUCUGUGAGAUGGAGCGAUGCGGUCACCUACAACACAGCCAUCACCGUGUGCACAAACGGCAAGCAAGCGCAACGAGCGACUCGCUUGCUGAAUAACAUCAAGGAUGAUGGCCUCGUGCCAGAUCAGGUGUCAUUUGCCAGUGUCAUCUUGGCUUGCAAGAUGGCUGCGGACUGGCAGGCGGCGGUUGCGUUGUGGCAGGAGAUGGAGGAGCAGCCACACCUGCGCCCGGAUUCCAUGACGCAUGGUGUCGUCAUGGCGGCCUGCUGCAGCGGCCAACAGUGGGAACGAGCCUUGCGGAUGUUGGAGUCGAUUUGCCAGAACCAUGACCCAGACCUUGUUACCGUGAACACUGCCUUGUCUGCCUGUUCUUUGGGAAGAUGCUGGCUGCUGACGCUUACACUGCUGGAAAGGUUGCAGCGCAGCACGCAGCCAGACGUCAUAUCCCUGAACGCGGCUUUGACCACCUGCGAGCGCGCAGACUCGUGGCAGGCGGCUGUGGCGUUGAUGCAGACGCUCAGCCAAUUCCUGCAGCCAGAUGGUGUGAGCUACGCUUCCUGCACUUCAGCCUGUGGCGCCGGCGCCGGCUCACAGCGCUGGGGCCUGGGGCUUCAUUUGUUGACGGCAGCAGCGCAGCGAGGCCUUCUGCGACAAGAGGCAACCUCCUCGGCGUUGAAGGCAUUGCAGGAGGCAGAGUUUGGCUUCCAGCGCUGGGCCCGCGCUUUGCUGCUCUUCAACCAGGCGAUCCUGGCAAAGCUGCAGCCAGAUUCCCUCUUUCUUACUGCUGCUCUGGGCGCUUGCCGCGACGGUGCGUUCGAAGGAAGCAUGCGAGCUGGCGAGCAGGCAAGAUCCCUGUUGGCCAGACUGGGCCAGGACGCGGACAUUGCAGCCUUGGGCGUCGCACUGGAUACCUCGGAGGCUGCAGCAGACCAUGCAGGUUCAGUGGGGCUGCUUGCAGAGAUCUCCGGUGAGGAGCUGCGGCUGCUGCAUGAGCUGCAGGUGUCAACAGUCUACCGGGCAGUUAUUGGCAUCGAUCUUCUGCAGCAUUGCUCGACCCUCAUACAGGCCUGCUUCCAUCGAGUAGUGGUUGCCCCAGUUCUGCCAAGGCUGCAGGAGCUAGCCCAUUCAGAGUUAGAGAGAGAUCCACUGCUAGAACGGCAGCCAAUGCUGGGGGCCUCUGCAAGCGCUAAGGCCUUGCUGGUUCUUGGCAUGCACCAGGAGAAUCAGACUUGGUCCUCGAUUGCACGCUGCAGCACUAGAAGCUGCACCAGUGCUUCCCUGGUGCGUGCUUCCUUGGAUGCCAUCGCCACGGCGCUGUCUGCAUGGCUCGCAUUUUCCAUUCACCCAAAGGCUGCGAUCGCGCCCUCACGCGGCCGCAUCAGUGCAACUAUGCCAGGAGGACCCAACAUCAUUUCGCCCAUUGCGGCUCAUCAUGACCGCGCCCCGCACGGCGAGCGCCAGGCUCUGCUGACGCUGGCUGCGGCCAUCUCAACUGCGCAGCACACUCCUGGGCAAAAUCUGGGCGAUGCGAAGUUUGCUCUCGUGGACGAAGAUGGCUCCGGGCGAAUCGAGAAAUCCGAGCUGGAGGUGCUGCUGUCAUUCCUGGGCCUGGACCCAGAUGGAGGGCAGGUGGACUCCCUCUUUGACGUGCUCGAUACAGACAAGGACGGGCUCAUCAGCUUUCAGGAGUUCGUGGACUUUGUCUUCCGCACUGGUGACCGAGACUUCCUCACGGAGUCAGAAUUUAUGAAGGUCCGGGAGCUGCAAGCAGCGCACAAAGAGGCGCAGAAAGCCCCCGUGCCCGGAGAGGAUGUAAGGGAUGCACAGGCUGCACAGGAGGAACAACUUCCUGUCAAGGAUGCGACUGAAGCAAAGAUCCCUUCAACCGCGCAAGCAAAGAGUCCUUCAGCAGCGCAAGAGGAGGAGCUAGUUAGACUCAGAAGGCGGACCGAGGAGCUGGAAGAAGGGCUGAGGCAGCGAGAGAAGGUCAUUGAGAGGCUCACUGGAAAGCUGCAGAAAGCGCGUGAGGAAGCUCGGGGCAUUGGCAGACAUAGCAGAGGGGACAGCAAGGCGAGCAAAGCAUCGUCAAGCAAGUCUUCAAGCCCCAGACAACCUCAGGGCGACGUCGAUGAAUCACCAGAUGUGUUGAAGCGAGAGAUAUCGCAGCUGAAAAAGCAGCUGCAUGAGAAGCAAUAUUCAGUGCAGAGGUUGGAGAAUCAGCAGGAGAAGAUCAUCUCAGGAUACACGGAUUUUGUGCAUGCCUUGCUGCAAUCAUCUGCGUCGGAACAGCUGCAGAAGCACUGCAACCUGAAGACUGCAGAAAUGCUUGGAAAGGGCGCUUACGGCUUUGUAAUGAAGUGUCAGGACAAGGAGCACCAAGAAGUGGUUGUGAAGCUACAGGGGCCGAGAUGGGCGUCUGUGGCGGCGCAGGAGUGGGCCAAUGGCUCUGCGUGCAGCCACGAGAACAUUGUCGCGCAUCUUCAGGUUCUCAUGCACUAUGAUGGGAGAGCCGAGCUGGAAGGUAAAAUCAUGCAGGCUUUUGAAACCGGCACCUUCACUGGCAAGCAGCCGAAGCUGUUGCCAGACAGAUACAUUUGCAUGCUCAUGGAGCAUAUGAACCGCGGGACUGUGCAGCACCUCUCCAAGGAAGACCUUAUCAACCUGGAAGGCUUAGCUGCUGUCAUCAGACAGGUGGCUUCGGCGCUUGCCUUCAUGCACAAAGGAAAACGGACGCACAACGAUGUGAAACCGGAGAACAUCCUGCUGAAGCAGCUGCCUGACAGUCCUCACCUCAUCGUGAAGCUGGCAGAUUUCGGUUUGGCCCAGUGCUCCGUCGAGCGAGACCGGGAUUUGGAGCUAAGCGCUUACACCUUCUGGUGCCUCGGGCUACGUGAGACGUUUGAGCACAUGCCCGCCAAAGCAGAACGACCUGGUGCCGUGGAGCGCUUCAAGCAGGAGGCCCUACCACAGGACUCUCAAGCUCGUUUGCGAAAAGCCAUCGGAGAGGUCAUCGCAGACCUUUGGACCUGCUCCACCAGCAUGCAAUGCGUGGCCACCAUGGAGGAGCUGAAGGAUGCGGAGCUCAGCCUUCAGCAAGAAAGUCACCAGCCGGUCGCAGCCAACGCCGAUCGAGAAGUGAGCCACAGGAUGGAGAGGCAGGCGGUGCUCUGGAAGGCGGUGGACAUGGUCACGAUCGCGCGGAAGUGGAGUGAAGAAGUAGACUACCAAGGAUGGCUAUGA